CUGAGUGUGUUUUUGAACAAUGUUUGGUUGAAACAAAGCAUUUUAAUCACAAUUGCACACUUAACAGCAUUCUAAGUAUUGGUACCCGGUAUGAGCAAGUAUAUAAAUGUAAGUACUAGUUUAGGCAAAUGUGCUAACCACUAUUGCACCGUGGUGCCCAGUUUGUGUACCUGUAUGUCAGAGUCUAUUUCAGACAUACCUGCCAAGCAUCCAGCUCUUGGGACAGGGCCACUUUGUGUUGGAUGGUGUUGAGAAGCUGAUGGUUCAGUAAGUCUUUCUCCUGUCGCACCGUGGCCAACUCACUCUCUAACAAACUGGACAUUGGUGAGUUGAUUAACAUAUCUAUAACCAUACCAGAUUACAAGCAUUUUUUGAGAAAAUGUUGUUUAACAUUACCAAUAACUUGGCGCAUCUGGACUGCUUCGAAAUGGCUUUAUUUCCUCUCGCAGUGAUUCCAGUUCUUCUUGUUGGGAUUUCACCUGAGAAGUUGGAAAAAUCAGUCAUCAGUCAUCUGCACCUGCAGCUCCGACACUCUGUCCCUCAGGACGUUCCGCUCCGAGCGCACCCUGUCGCUGUCUUCCUGGGAGGCCUUCAGCUGGGCUUCCAUGUGACACAGGCGCCCCUUCAAAACUCGGCUCUGUGGGAAAGGCCAGGAGGCAAAAGGAGUGAAAAGUGCUGGAUGGAUGAAAAGAGCAGCGGCCAGUUCCUCAUUCUUCUCCAGCAGAGCCUGUCCCAGCUCAGCUGCCAGAAUCAGGUCAGUCUCUAGGCCACCCCCGCUGUCGAUGCCCCCAAGAUCCGGCGUGGAUGUGGGGAGGGCGAAGGAGAGUGAGAUUGAAGAGGUUGACGAGAGCGGGAAAAAGGAGUCCUCCAGGUUGGGGGAAGGGAGACUGUUCUUGCUGGGACUGAACAUGGUCUCAGGGUUGCAGGGGUCAGUUUGAGAUCAUCGUCAUAGGUUUGACAGGUAAGUGGGCGAACUAGCAGAAACUCUUCUCUGGAAUUAUUUCUUUGUAAUCCAAUUAAUGCCAGUGGAUUGUUCUUCACGUUGAUCCAGAUUGUCCUGAUGCUGUUUUGUUUUUUGCCCCACCUUUCCUGUCCUGUGUGGGACAAGAUAAUGAACCCAAUCCAACUAUAAAUACAGAGCAGAAGUGAAUAUAAGGGUUCCCUCUGGCUGUUUUCUAGUAAUCUAAUCUCACAUGCUCUUUUGUCUGACAGUCUCUUUCCGAAAUUCCAGAUCCACUAUUGUCAUUUUUUUGAUCCACUCCCUGAAUUCCACGGUUAAUGUCCUCCAAUGUUUCCUCCAAACACGUCACUAAAAGUCAACAAAAAUUCCACAAAGUAAACCUUUAAUUCAUCCCUGCUUUUCUAAUUGAGACAUCUUCAUAACAUUUUCUUUUAAAGAUAGUUUCUGACAACUAAACAUGAAUAUACAUUCACCGGCUUCACAACUGUAGGUACAUCUGCACAAAUCCCAUGAGAUCCAACAUGAGAGAUAUUGUACAGUAUGUUUGAGGCAUUUCUGGCAUUUUGCCCCUCAUGUAUACAGUCUGUAAUGCAACCAAAAUAUUUUAAAAACACCCCUCAAUACAAUAUGGUGCUGCACAACUGUACACCAAAUUAAACUGCAGCCACAAUAAUAAACAUAUUUAAAGCAACAGUUCAAUCAAAAGUGAGCGUUGUUAUCUUUAUAAAGGCGUAAUUGUUGCUAUACUGUAUGUUAUGAGAUUGUGCAUUUAGAUUUUAUCAUUAUUAAUAGAAUAAUAAUGUUUAAACUCUAAACUGACAUUUUAUCAUAUUUUUCGUUACCAUCUCCCACUAAUUGGUAUCAUAAAUAAAUACAGUCAUAUUUAAACUAAUGUUAAAAGGUUAAAAUGUGAUGUAGUUCCUUUGAUUCAACAUCAAAAUCAGAAAUUCAGCCUUACCUGAACGUCCCCGCGGGCAACUUACACCAAAGAGUAAUGGUCUUCCUGUUUGGUGAGUGUGUGUUUGCACAAGAGAGGCUCAGCUGGUUCCCUUGGCAGUCCAGAAUACAGUAUGUAAAUGCAGGUAGAGGCUCCACCUCUUGGGGAUUUGAACAGAUAGAAAAAGGUGGGGAAGGCCAGAAAGAAAAGGGUGAGGAUCAGCAAAAGAUGCCCUGACACCUAGUGGCUGAGCAAGGAAGGAAAGAACUCCGAGAUGGCAAAAGAAUACUCACUCUAGUGUGAGCACGCUGGGCCAGGUUGGAAUGGAAAAAAGGGGGCGGGCGGAGGUCAGAAAACAAGCAUGAGUUUGUCGAAUCCCCCCUCCAUCCACAACACCCCUCCUCCUCAUCCCUCCAUCCUGUUUACCUACUUGAAAGCUUUCAAAGGACCUCUGUGUAAGUCGUAAGCAAGGGUAUUAGGUGAGGGGGAGUACAAAUAGUGGGCAACAUCACAACAUCUCCCACCUAAGGAUAAGCUCAGAAGAAGAAGAAGAGCAUAGUGAGUCAGUGGGUGCAGACAUGCCUUGCAAAUUCUUUCUAUUUCUCUCACUUUGGCUUUUCUUGCCAACCUCUGAUGCUGGAAGACAGAUGCCUAAACUUUCUGCUAGAAAACUCUGCGCUGACUCAGAAUGCAGCUAUGCUAUUCUGAUAGCUCGUGCUGUGCAGGACUACGACCCCGCAGAUUGCAGGUUCAUCUCCAUCAGACACGGGCAGCUUGUUUAUGUCUAUGCCAUGCUACAGGACACUGGGAACCUCUUCUGGGCAGGCAGUGUUCAGGAUUCCUAUUAUGGAGGACAGGAGGCUCGUAUUGGUCACUUUCCAAGCACUGUGGUGGAGGAGGUUCAAGCUCUCGAGCCAGCCAACACAGAAGUGAAGACGACCAAAUGGGACUUUUACUGUAACUGAAAUGGGAUCCCCAAGAAGAACAAAAUUCUGGGCAUUACAACAUUCGACAGCAGCCACUUCAUUAGGUACACCUGUAGAAUCUAAUGCAAAGUUAUUGUUGUAGUUUGUAAUUGUAGGAAUUCACUGCAUCAUGUUGAGAGCUGUUUUUAAUAGUUUGGUUAUCUUAGUUAGGAAGAAAAUAUACUGGGGCGGGGGAGAAUUUUGGUAUAAUGGAUUGCAACUCGUGGCAAAUGAGGCCCAAAUGUAGGCUCAGUUUUGGCAAGCAGUAGAAAAUGCUUGCUUUUCUCAUCUAGCACCUUAGAACUCGUUAUCCAACAAACAAAAUAAAAACAUUUUCAUGUGGGAACCUCAUGCAAGAAAAUAUAUAUGUUGGUUGAAAUUUCAUUCCUAUAUCAAUGCGUCAGUGUGUUUUUUAAGAUGAAAGAAAAUAAACCGCUUUGUAAAAUCAUC